CUGAACAAGAUGGCUGUGUGUUGGGCAGCGGAAAGCUGAGAGAAAAGGCGGGCAAAGAGUCUUAAAAUAAGGAAGACAGGCCAUAAAAAAGACAGAAAGGAUUGCGACGCUGGCGUUCACUCUUGAAGUGUAAAGGUUUUUUAUUUUUGUCAGGCCGAAGAGUCCUGCCAGGCCCGGUCUCUGCCACUGACGGCUGGCUUCUCUAUCUCCAGCCCGACGCUUCAUCCAGGCUGAAUUCUGCACAGAUUGGCUCAAUUACGGAAGCUGGUGAAGAAGCUGGACCCUGCACUAUUAGCGCAUUUAAGAAAUGUCAUUGCUGUGUGUUGGAGUGAAGAAAGGCAAGCUCGAUGGACCCCAAGAGAAAUUUAACACAUACGUGACACUGAAGGUGCAGAAUGUUAAGAGCACAACCAUCGCUGUGCGUGGCAGUCAGCCAUGCUGGGAGCAGGACUUCAUGUUUGAGAUCAACCGGCUGGAUCUGGGCCUGACAGUGGAGGUGUGGAAUAAAGGCCUGAUCUGGGACACCAUGGUGGGCACCUUAUGGAUCCCCCUGCGCAACAUACGGCAGUCCAACGAGGAGGGUCCAGGCCAGUGGCUGACCCUGGACCUGAAUGCGGUCAUGGCUGAAAAUGAGAUCUGUGGAACCAAAGACCCGACCUUUCACAGGCUGCUGCUUGACACCCGCUUUGAACUGCCACUAGACAUUCCUGAGGAAGAAGCAAGAUACUGGGCCAAGAAACUUGAACAACUAAAUGCCAUGAGAGAUCAAGAUUACGCCGAUCAAGAAGAACAGGAGCGACCACUCCAUGCACCGACCACGCAGUGCUGUAAUUGGAGUCUCUGGGGAGAACAGCAGAACGAGGAUCAGGACAGCGCCGUUGACGACAGGGACAGCGACUACCGCAGUGAGACCAGUAACAGUAUCCCACCUCCCUUCUACACCACCUCCCAGCCCAACGCUUCCAUGCACCAGUAUCCCAUCAGGAACCAGCAGUACAUACACUCAUACAGCGAUGAAAUCCAAGAGCUGGGCUACGACACCAGAGCCCUGAGUCCCACAGACAGUCGUUACGCCUCGUCGGGCGAGUUGAGUCGAGGCAGCUCUCAGCUCAGCGAGGAAUUUGUUGCUGAGGAAGGCGGGAGCUUGCGAGGAUCGGAGUUCUACGAUGAAAACGACUCUUACCACUCCUGCCACUCUUCCGUCAGCUACGGCAAGGAGGGUUCCCCAGUCUGGGAUGGGGAGGACCCCCAAGGCAUAUUAUACAGCGACGAUGGAGGCUACAUCAAAGAUGGAGGGGAAGAGGGGGCGCUGUAUGCCGAAGAGGAUGCUGAGAUAUACGUGGAAGAAGGAGAGUACACCUACGAAGAUGGAGAGGAGAUGCCUUUUGAGGAAGAUGAAGAUAUGUAUCAGCUUGAUGGCACACUCAGUGAAGACCAGGAGCCGCCCUACACCCCCACACCCACAAGCACUGCCCCCACCCUCAUGCCCACCUCUGAUGGUCUGUCCUCCCCCAGACCUCCACUGGAGAAGCAAGCUUCGUUGCACCAGCAGCGGCCGGUCCAGGAUUUGCUCCCCCCCCCCAGCACAGCUUCUAACCUCCUUCCAGUCACGCAGGACGACACGUUGCCCCCUUUCAGUGCAGAACCCUCAAAGCCCCCGUUUGCACCCACCCAGCCUGCUCUGUCAACCACCAUCACAUCCACCCCCACAACCACACCGCAGUUUCCAGCUCCAGAUACCGAGCCGCUGGAGCCUGAACCCAAAUUUGAGGAGCCACUGGAGGAACCUCCAUCUCCGGAGAUUACUCCUGAAACAGAGAGUGCCCCCACGCCUCCUGAACAAAAACCAGAGGAGCCCCCUGUCCCAAGCUUCCCAAGGAGGGAAAUCAUGGAGCCUGGUCUUGCCAGAGCCAAAGCCAACUGGCUGCGACUUUUCAGUAGAGUACGACUACAGCUGCAAGAGGCCCGGGGAGAAAGUGUUGGCAUUGCCUCUCUGCUUUUAUCAGCAGGGAUGGGUGGCGCUCUCUAUAGCAUUGACAGCAUGCCAGACCUCAGGAAGAGGAAAGCUAUGCCUCUCGUCCGAGAUCUGUUUUUUAGCCCACUGCACUACAUGGACUUUGCCGAAAAAACAAUAUAUCGAGGGCGAGCUGAACAUGAAAAAAAUCGCCUGUGCAAGAGUGCGGAUUACAUGAACCUGCACUUUAAGGUCAAGUGGCUGUUCAACGAGUAUUGCAAAGACCUGCCCUUCUUCAAGAGCAGAGUGCCUGAAUAUCCUGCGUGGUUCGAGCCAUUUGUCAUUCAGUGGCUGGACGAAAACGAGGAGGUGUCUCGGGACUUUCAACAUGGUGCUUUGGAAAGAGACAAAAAAGAUGGGUUCCAGGUCACAUCCGAACAUGCUCUGUUCUCCUGUUCGGUGGUGGACGUGUUUUCUCAGCUCAACCAGAGCUUUGAGAUCAUCAGGAAGCUAGAGUGUCCGGAUCCACAGAUCGUAGGACACUACAUGAAGCGAUUUGCGAGGACCAUCAGCAAUGUGCUCUUAUCUUAUGCUGAUGUCAUUUCCAAGUUGUUUGCCAACUAUGUCACCAUGGAGAAAGUGCCCUGUAUCCUGAUCAACAACAUCCAACAGCUGAGGGUUCAACUGGAGAAAAUGUUUGAAGCUAUGGGUGGAAAAGAUCUGUGUGUGGAGGCCAGCGAUUUUCUUAAGGACUUGCAGAUUAAGCUCAACAAUGUCAUGGAUGAUCUCAGCAGGGUAUUUGCUGUCAGUUUCCAGCCUCACAUAGAGGAGAAUGUGAAGCAGAUGGGAGACAUCUUGGCUCAGGUGAAGGGAACCUCGAAUGUGGGAAACGCCAGCAGCGUGGCCCAGGAUGCUGACAACGUCCUGCAGCCUAUCAUGGAGUUCCUUGACAGCAACCUGACUCUGUUUGCUAAGAUCUGUGAGAAGACAGUGCUGAAACGUGUGUUGAAGGAGCUGUGGAAGCUGGUGAUGAACACCAUGGAGAAGACCAUUGUCCUGCCGCCACUCACAGACCAAACGGGCACUCAGCUCAUCUUUAACGCCGCCAAGGAGCUGGGACAGCUGUCCAAACUGAAGGAGCACAUGGUUCGAGAGGAAGCUAAAGCACUCUCCCCGAAGCAGUGCGCAGUGAUAGAGCUGGCCCUGGACACCAUCAAGCAAUAUUUCCAUGCCGGUGGUGUGGGUCUGAAGAAGACUUUCCUGGAGAAGAGUCCCGACCUCCUGUCUCUGCACUACGCCCUGUCGCUCUACACCCAGGCUACAGACAAACUCAUUAAGACCUUUGUCUCCUCACAAAACGCACAAGGAUCUGGAGUGGACGAUGCUGUGGGAGAGGUGUCCAUACAUGUGGAGAUUUUCACCCAUCCUAACACAGGAGAGCACAAGGUCACAGUGAAAGUGGUGGCCGCCAAUGACCUGAGGUGGCAGACGCAGGGAAUAUUCCGGCCAUUUGUGGAGAUCUAUAUCAUCGGCCCUCACCUCAGCGACAAGAAGAGGAAGUACGCCACCAAGUCGAAGAACAACAGCUGGGCCCCUAAAUACAAUGAAUCCUUCAUUUUCCCCCUGAGCAGCGAGGUGGGGCCUGAGUGCUACGAGCUGCAGGUGUGUGUGAAGGAUUACUGCUUCGCGCGAGAGGACCGCACCGUGGGCAUGGCCGUCCUGCAGCUGAAGGACAUGGCCUCCAAAGGCAGCGUGGCCUGCUGGCUGCCGCUGGGGAAACGCAUCAACAUGGACGAGACGGGCCUCACCGUCCUGCGCAUCCUCUCCCAACGCAACAACGACGACGUGGCCAAGGAGUUCGUCAAGCUCAAGUCGGACCAGCGCUCUGCAGAGGAAGGCCGCAGCUAAACGAAAACAAUUAGUUUUAAAAAUGUUUGAAGCUCAAUCAGACGUCGAUACCUACUGCCCUGGAGCUCUCCUGAGCCUCUGCUAGCCACUGCCCUGCUGAUCCAGUUUUGUAAAAGCACAGAUAACAGUCACCACACAUCCAGUGCUGUAAAUACACCCAUGUCAGUAGGUAGAGUACAGUGCUGAACAACUCAUCUUUCAUUUCCCUUAAAAACGCACCAGUGUCUUUAACGGUGCAGAUAUUAUCAGCCAUCCUUUUGAUGAAAAAUGACAGAGUUUAAUCAUACGGCUUAUAUCUACUUUCCUCUGUCUGUAGAGGUUAGUCACGCCAUUAACACACAUACACCUCAAUCUACUAGUUAAGAAAAUAUAUUGUAGCCUUUCAUAUGUUGGUUUCCAAGUGCCAACAGAUAAUCUCUGAAGUAUAGGACCAGCCCUAAGCACAACUGACCAAUUAAAAACAAUGACUGAAAAAGUCCUAAAACAUUCCAGAUAUCGGGCGCAGACAGAGAUAAUUUAAAUAUUUAUUUAUAGUUAUUUUCCAAAUUGUAUUUAUAUUCAAAUAAUUCAAUAUAUCAUAAUAUACAAUAUAUGAAGGACACACGUACAUUUUUAUGCAGGAUUGUUCAAUGGACGCGUGGGAUUUGAAAGAUUGUCCUCGUCUGUCUUUCUGUCCGUCUACCAGGUAACAGAGCACACUGCCUGACACCCUCAAUGCCUUCUGUCUCGUUGACCCUCGUAUCGUCUGUAUGGAGAGAUGAAUCUGAUGAAAACACGCCUUCAAGCACUGUGAUUCAUCAGUGUGUGUGUGUGUGUGUGUGUGUGUGUGUGUGUGUGUGUGUGAGAAUCUGCGUUUUUGAGCAUGUGUGGAGCUCAUAAUGUGUGUUUGUAAAAUGUUCCACUGUUGACCUCAUGUAGCCGCCCGUGUUGCCUGUUACCUGCAAAUAUAAUCACAGAAAGCCAUCACAAGCUAAGAACUUCACACGGUUCACAUUCAGAUUAGAUUUUAGAGGAUUUACAAAGUGUCUUUUACUCGAGGGUGGAUCGUUCUUAUAUCUUAUGAUGGGGGAUUUACAUUUUGUUUUUGUGCUACUGUAAACAUUCCCAACAGCCCUGUACUGGGUGUGUGAGCGGGUCAUGAAAGAGGAUGAGCAAUCUUGACUGCCAAUGGUAAAAUGCUCUGAGGCAAAAUAUCUAUGUGUGUUGUAAAAAAACCACAUCGCACCACAUGAAGAGCAUGAACAAGUGAUGGUCUAUUACCCAUGAUCCCUCAGCUGCAGGUGCUAUAACCCUGAUACCUAGAAGCCAGACCUCUGAUAAAGGGCUGCAGAUCCAGAGCACACCAGGUCUGGAUCUGACAUUUAAAAGGGGGGCCUACAGCUUAGUAGAGAUGUAGUGUGGAAAUCUAGAAGCACAGGGUCUUUACUGCACCCAUAAUAACACAUCUAUACUCUGAUCAUUUCAUUUAUCGUCCAGAAAUUGCUUUUAAAAUGACAGGAAUUACACAUCGAGGCUUCAAUUCAUCCUAGAGAUGUGUUAAAACUAAGUGUUUGAAUUGACUGUCCAGCAUGACUCUUAAUUCUAUUUUCAUGAAUGCCCGUUUUUUAAAAGAUUGAUUGGUUUAUUUAUAUAUAUACGAGAUGUGUAUGUUUGUCGUGAAGGAAAAAAA